CUUCUGUUCAGAGGUGCUUGGUGCUGGCACAUCAAGCAGCUGCUGAGGAUUUUAUCGUUGGCUACAUAUGAUGUUCUCCCAUCACCACAGAACCUAAACCUCUGGGUAGGAGAGGAUCCCUCAUGUCCUUUGUGUUCAUCACUUGCAACAUUAAGGCACAUUUUGACAGGAUGUAAGGUGGCUCUUAGCCAAGGACGGUUUACUUGACGCCAUGACCAGGUGCUGCGAUGUUUGGCCUUAGCAUUGGAAGACAAGCGUAACAUGACCAAUAAUUUGCCACCUGUUCCAUCAAAACAUUACACACAAAAGACAACAUUCAACAUUCGCACUGUGGUUGAUCCCCGGAGCCAGCAUCGCAGCCGUUGUGUGUGCUGAUGCGCCAGGGAGGCAAAAUAAGCUGAUCUCUAGAGCCAGCAUUACACUUCAGCCAUUAACACCAGACAGAAGGAUAUCUACAUCAUCAUAUGGAAGGAAACGUGAAUGGAUGGAGACCCAUAUGGAUCACAUUAGUUUACUGUAAAGCUAAGUCUUAGUUGGUGCUUAUCUUGGCGAGAGCCGAGUUCAAAUCAGCAUGAAGUUUUAACAUCUACUCUCGUGUAAUGGAAAUCAUAAAUAAUUACUUAGUGUCAUCUAUAGCUGGGUAAUGUGUUUAGCAAUCAUCAAGUGGAAAAUAUGUAUUUAUUUUACUUUUUUCAGGUGCAAUGUGAUCACUGCAACAGACGGGCACACACUGAAUGCACUCCGUACUCUGCUGAAGAGUUAUCGCAUGAUUUUUCAUUUAUGUGCAAAAAAUGUAAAGUCAAUGGGUAGAAGAAUGUCUUUGCUCUGUUCUUUUUUAGUUGUUUAGUUCGGCUUCCACAGCAUAGCUGGAGAAACCAAUUGUUAUUGCUGGGAUUUCUGUUGUUAUUUUUCUGCCACAAAAACAGUAAUUAGAUAAAUAAAUAAUAACUUCCUCAAGAUGUUGUCUCUGAUCCAUCUACCCUGCAAUCUAAAGCUGCACACAGAGCCUUCUUUUCUGUCUUAGACACAUCUACAUUGCACUUCCAAAUGCACAUCACCUUUAUCAGUUUCAUUGUGCUGCCCCUCCAAAUGAGAUACCCAGGAUUUAGAGCAUUAAAACCUGUACAUUUCAAUUAAAACACAGGGUAGCCCAUUUGGAGCAGUAUUUUUCGCUACUGUCCUUGGUAGCGGCGUUCAAAGUCCAGUAUAUCCUGGUGGAAGCGCUCACCUUGCUCCUCCGAGUACGCUCCCAUGUUCUCCUUGAAUUUAUCAAGAUGAGCAUCAAGGAUAUGGACUUUGAGGGACAUCCUACAGCCCAUUGUGCCGUAGUUCUUCACCAGAGUCUCAACCAGCUCCACAUAGUUUUCGGCCUUGUGAUUGCCCAGGAAGCCCCAAACCACUGCGACAAAGCUGUUCCAAGCUGCUUUCUCUUUACUAGUGAGCUUCUUGGGGAAUUCAUUGCACUCCAGGAUCUUCGUUAUCUGUGGUCCGACGAAGACACCGGCUUUGACCUUUGCCUCAGACAGCUUAGGGAAGAAGUCUUGAAGGUACUUGAAGGCUGCCGACUCCUUAUCUAGAGCUCUGACAAAUUGUUUCAUAAGGCCCAAUUUGAUGUGCAGUGGUGGCAUCAGCACCUUCCAGGGGUCCACCAGUGGCUCCCACUUGACAUUGUUCCUCUCCACAGAGAACUCGGUCCGCUGUGGCAAGUCCCGCCUGUGGUAUUGCGCCUUGGUGUCCCUGCUGUCCCAAAGCCAAAGAUAGCAGGGAAACUUGUUAAAACCGCCUUGGAGACCCAUCAGGAAUGCCACCAUUUUGAAGUCUCCUAUGACCUCCCAGCCGUACUCAUCAUACUUCAAGGCGUCCAGCAAGGUCUUGAUGCUGUUGUAAUCCUCUUUGAGGUGCACCGAGUGAGCCAGGGGAAGAGACGGGUACUUGUUACCAUUAUGGAGCAGCUAUUUAUAUUACUGGAAAGUUCUAGAAGUUACUCCAAGUUUACUCAGCACUGAAUCUAUCUGGAAUGUUCUGGAAAAUAGGUACAUUUCAAAAUAUCACUGUCCUGGUCACAAAAGCAAAGUUUGUGGGGAAUAAUAACCAUUUUCUAUACUUUUGAGGCAUAAGCAAUUAGGAAAUAACACUUACUACCCAGGAACCAAAAAAAAAAUAAAAAAUUGUUACACGGUGUAAUCUGUGCUACGGGAUGCUCAUUUGGAGGGGGAUGCUCAGAUGGUCAGAACACCCCCACUGCGCACUUUAUCAAUUUUGCUUUUCGUUUCAUAGCUGUUUGAUAGUGUUUGUACGCUGUACUGUGCCCAUGUUUGCACUGUUCAUCUUGAAGUGAAACUAACAGACCCAUUUUGCUGAAACACAGCUUUGCUUACCGUGGUAAAUCACUUUUCUCUUGUUUGAAUUUUAAUAAUGUUUUGUAUUCGUUUAUUUCACACUCGUUUUGGACUAAUAUAGGGUAGAGUGGGGCAAAAUAUAUAAAUGAACUCGUAAAUGGUUAGUUUGCCAAGACGAAUGUUGAUGUCUAAUUAUAGUGAAUGACAAACGAGUUACAACGGUAUAUUAACUUUUGCUGAGAGUAAUCAGACUGAUUGACCAGCUGAUUAGUGUUGAUAGGAAAAGUAAUGGUUAAUUAGGGAGUUUUUAUAAACUACCAAAAGAUAAACGGCGACUUGACAUUUGUGACAGCAAUUAAAAAUAAUUUGUUCACGUAGGAAACACUCAUCAGCUGUUCAUUAUGAUCAGUAGUGGAAAUGUAAAGACGUGUUCGCCCAGAGCGCUCGUAACAAGAAGCUGCCUGUUUCGCUGAGUGUUAGGUGGGCGUUUCAGGAGGUUGGAUGUAAACAAGUGCUGUGGCUGAUACGUGAUUUUUCCAAAUACUGUUUGUUUUUUUUCCUUACAACACGUACAGUAUGUGAUAAGUUAAACCUGAACUAUUUAUGUUUUUUUUUGUUUUUGUUUUUUUUAAGUAGUCAACAUUUUGUUAAUUAAGCGUAAUGUAGUCCUUGAAGCGCUGUCUGCUAACAUAGACUUUUCAAUAAGAACUUCCGUCUCGAAGCGCUAUGGCAGAGCACUCGGCCUAUUGAGCGCACCCCAGUUUGUUGUACAUGUAUGUCAUGCACUGCAUUUAGACAUCAACAUUCGCAUUGGCAAACGUGUUGUAAUUUAGUAAUUAAUUUCCAUUUAAGGAUGAUCAGGUGAUCAAAUUUUAAAGAUCCUUUUAAAUAAUAAAUUAAUAAAUGUAGCAUCCUCGUCUUAGCCCGUGUCAUUAGCAAGUAGAGAAAAAACAAUGUCACAGAAUGAUUAAUUAUGUGUUCAAAUACAAUGAACUGAAACAGUAUUUUUGUCCUCUGUAGCUGUGAGUAUGCAGUUACAAAACUCUCAAGGAUAGCCUGUUGGUAUAUUAUGGUAUUGCACGCUACAAGCAUGCUUUGUGACAGUUUUGAGUCUGGGCGUCUUGUCCCACCAUACCCUACUGUUUGAUAGUAUAUCUAUAUACAGUAUAUAAUGUAUUCACAUAUGUGACUUCCUGCAAUUGUAUUUAAUAUACUUAAGUUUGAUUGGUUACUACUCUCUUACAAAAAAAGUCAAACUAAAUAGAGCACUAUUAAACAUUGUAUACAAAACCAUGUAACCUAGUACAACUUUUUGGCUUUACUACUUUUUAACUUUUGUUUCAGAUACUAUGUAUUGCAUAUUUUGUGGUGAACAGAUGCAAGGUUCUGUUCAAACCUGUGCUUCUUGUGGAAGACAUAACCCAGUGCAUGUUGAAACUGGUGAUCCACCUCAGCAAGAGGAAAGUCCAUCACACUGUGACCCGUCCUCCUCGGUGUCUGACAUUGAUUUAAUUACGCAUUAUUUUCAUCAAGGACAUACAUAUGAGGUUAUAUUAGAUAUGCUUUUCAGCUUUCAUGGAAUUCAGUACAGCACCUGUACACUAAAGAACCGAUUAAAGCAAGCUGGUUUGUUCAGAAGAAAGAACUAUUCUUCUAUGAGGGAUGUGAGAAGUGCCAUAAUGCGUGAGGUGCGAGGACCAGGACAGCUAUUUGGCUAUCGCACAAUGUGGCAAAUAUUAAAACAAAAAUACAGAUUACAAGUGAAACGGUCUGCGGUUAUGAGGUUGCUGUCUGCACUAAACCCAACAGGGACUGAACUGAGAAGACGUCAUAGGUUUGUCCGCCGCAUAUAUCACUCCUUAGGUCCAAACUACAUGUGGCAUGUCGAUGGCUACGAUAAGCUAAAACCAUUUGGUUUUGCUUUGUCUGGAUGUGUCGAUGGUUUCUCCAGACGGAUCUUAUGGCUUGUUUGUGGCUCUACAAACAACAACCCAGCAGUGAUUGCACAAAACUUUAUUCACGGUAUGCAGUUUCUUGGAUUGGUCCCAAUGAGGUUAAGAACAGACUGUGGAACAGAGAAUGGGACUAUGGCAGCAAUUCAGUGCACACUUCGUUCUCUUGAUUCAGACUACUACGCUGGGUCAGCAAGCCACAUGUAUGGUCCGUCAAUCAGCAAUCAGCGAAUAGAGUCUUGGUGGUUUACAUUCAGAAAGGGCAGGUCACAGUUUUGGAUAGACCUUUUUGGUGAUCUCCAAGAUGCAGGGCAUUUCAACAGCAGUCAUGAACUGCAAUAUUUGCUACGAUUCUCUUUCAACAAUGUGCUUCAGAAGGAUCUCGAUGAGUGCACAGAGCUGUGGAACCUCCAGCGGAUACGACCAUCCAGGCUUGCUAUAUGUCCAGGUGGAGUUCCAACUGAGCUUUACAGUUUACCUCGCAGAUUUGGGUCCAGGGACUGUGGAUUCAGAGUAGAAGAAGAGGAACUCCUUACUUUUUCAGAGCUAGGUGAUAUGGUUGUAUCAUGUGGAGACACAGAAAUACAAGCAUAUGUGGAACACAUCAUGGAACAAAAUAAUUUGCAAAGCCCUGACAACUGGGAGUCAGCUUUACAAUUGUAUCUUACAUUAAAAGAAAUUUCCGGGCUCUAAAUUUCUAAACAUUACAAACUUCUACUCUGACGAAUACUUCUGAAUACUUCUUAUUUAGCAGAAUAUAGUUCUGUCCACUAUACACUACUUAUAUAUAUUUCUUUUAAAUAUUAACAAUUGUACAAACAGCAUUAACAGUUUUUUUAGUUUUUUUUUGUUUUUUUGUUUUUUUUUUUAAAUAGAAAACAAGUAAAUUAAGCAUUGCUGUAGCUCUUUUAGACCAGGAGUGACUGAUCUAGAUACAGCCAAAUCCCGGAGAAUUCUGGAUUCCGAAAUCCAUGGAAGUCUUAAAUGAACUGUAGGUGUCUGCUAAAGGUAGCUUUAUAAUAUUUCCACAGGUGUGUGCCAUUGGGAACUGUGAAUUGCUCAAAAACUCAAUAGAAGGCCAUGGUUGGAUUCCUGCAGGUGGCAGUGAUCUCAGCCCUGUGGCGAACAUUAGGACAUCUUCCAGGGACGCAGCACUUUCUUGUUCUGAAAUUCAGAAAUGCAAAAGAUCCAUUACAUAUUCAUUACAACCUUUCACAUGUUUUUUUUUUUUUAAAUUACAUGUAAAUCAUAAUACAGACAUGUAACCACACAAUUCCCACAUAGAUAUCACGUGCACCACAUUAUGCUUAUGGCCAUAUAAAAAUAUUUUUUUAUGAAAUUAGGGAUGAGUGGAACAAGAUGUAUUUUAAUGUACACACUUUUGUAAUCAGACCAUUUCCCAUUGCAAACUUACAUUAAUGUGUUUAAUAUGCUUUUGGUUUUUUUUGACACAAAGUUAUCAGUUAUUUUGCAAAUGUACAAAAAUCUAAAAAUGUUGACAAAAAAUAAAUGAAAUUGAAAAACCUUCAC